AUGGACUCCGCUCGUCCCAAACGGAAAACAACCGUUAACGUCAACUACAAGGAAAAAAGCGAACUUGACCUUGUGCAAGAACAAGAGAGAGAAGCUAAUGCUAUCAGGAAGGCCGCCAACAAAUCCGAGCCUUCGAGGCCCGAGACUCCUACAAAGCUAGUAGCUAAGAACAGGAGCCAGGACAAAUCCCAAUAUGUCCCGGUUGACGAAGUGGUACCGACGAACUUUCAGCCAAAGUGUAAUCAAGAUUUCAACGUUUUGCUUGAUCUCAAGGGCGCAAAAGUGGAAAACAACGUUCUCACACUUAAGGAUGGAACCAGAAUAAAGAAGGGAGAUUUCAUAUACAUGAUUUGUGAGCCUCCUGGAGAGCCAUACUACAUUGCGAGAAUAAAGGGUUUUGCUCGGAAAGAAAAGGACAAUGCCACCAAAAGCGCAAAAAAUUAUAACUUCGAGGUAUGCUGGUUUUAUCGGCCACGCGAUCUCAACAGAAAGUCCCCUGAUUCAAGAUUGCUAUUUGCAUCUCUACAUAUGGAUGAAUGUCCAAUUCCAAGUUUUCGAGGUUUCGUUACCGUCAAACACCGAGCAGAAAUCGAAGAUUUGGAUGCAUACCGAAUGAUCCCCCACUGUUUUUACUUUGAAAAGCUUUACGAUAGAUACAUGGUGAAAAUGUACGACGUACUUCCAACAAUCAAGCUCACGAACUUGCCGCCAAAUUACUAUAAAGCUCUCACAAAACGCUAUGAAUAUAUUUUUGUCGAAGUGGGACGAGGCCAGGAUCUUUUGUCGGACCCCAAAAAUUGCGAAAAGUGUAUGCAGUGGGCCGCAUCCUCUGAUUCAGUACAAUGCUUGAGGUGCCAAAAAAUUUACCAUUUGCUUUGUGUGGACCCACCCAUCAUGAACAAACCCAAAAGAGGUUUCGCAUGGUUUUGUGCUGCUUGCAAUAAAGAACUGGAGGAAGAGUUGUCAGAGAAACGGGGUCACAUGCUCCACAGCGGUCUUCCUUCACAGAUUGCAGCAUCGAUGAAGGACGAAGACUCUGAUGCAAGUGAGGACGUUUCUAGCUCCCAGACGCCCAUGGAAGCAGAAUCCAGGUCUGAAUCCAUACAAACUAAUGAAACAGAACCACCGAACGGCAAGCUUGCACGGUACGAGGAGCUUGCCAUCGCAUUUCUUGAAGCAGAUAAGAAUCUAAGUUUUGAAAGAAGGAGAGAGCUAGAAGAGUGGCCAUACAGAUAUCUGGGUAUGCAUGCCAAAUUAGAAGACGCGCUAGAUCUUCAAGACCGACCAUAUCCGCGGGCAGCAUCGAGACUGGGAUCAAAACACCAGUUUACGGGGAUUGUUGAUUGGUAUGCCCACCCGGUGGUAUACUAUGACGACUCCAGCUAUUCAAAGGCCAGAAGUCGCAAAAAGAAUACCAAAAAGAAGACUCCAUCGCAGACUGAGGAAGGCUGCGGUAGUUUUCCAAUGCCGGAGAAGUAUAGAGAUUAUGAUCCUGAUGACUUGCCUAGAUGGCUCCAACCGAAGCCCAAAGGAUAUGUGGAGCGAGGCACGGAUGCUACGAGCGAGCUCCUUUGGAAACAACCUGAAAACGAUGAUGGUAUGGUUGAAAAAUAUCUGGCAGAUGCAAAGCCUUUUGUGGAGAGGCUAGGUAUGAUUCCCACGACACCCAAUUUCAUUGAUGCUGCACUAAAAACUUUGAUGCAUAAUGACUAUAAUCCUGAAAAAGCAUUACAGGAAGUAUCGAGAUUUACCAGAGCAUCUUUGAAGGAGCCAACUUUUACACCUGAAGAAGUCCAGAGGUUCGAGGAGUCUGUCAAGAUAAAUGGAAGUGAGCUAUUCCCAGUCUUCAAAGACGUCAAGACCCAGUCGUCAGCUAUGAUUGUUAGAUUUUACUACCUUUGGAAAAAAACUAAAAACGGCCAUUUGAUUUGGGAUAACUACGCAGGCAGACCUAAAAACCGUUUGACAAAACUUGCAAAAGCAGACGGUGUUGAUGUUAACGAUCCUGAGGAUGAUUCUUCUUAUAGUAUAGAGAAAAUUGAGAAAAACAAUGUGACCUUUGUGUGCAAGCACUGUCAUACAAGAGUGUCCAAGAAAUGGUACAAACUUUCAGGAACUACCCUUCCAGAAUCAUACGAUCAGGUGUUUCCAGGCCUUUGCUUACGAUGUGCCCGUCUAUGGAGAGAAUAUGGUGUAGAGUGGGAAGAUCCUUAUGAGAUUAUGCGCAAACAAAGUCAACGGGGCGGAAAUGGCUGGAAGCGCAAAAUUGAGUUUGAGCUGUAUGAGGAUGCUCGCAAAAUUAUCAAGGCAAGAGAUGAGUAUCAACUCCGCCCUCACAAAUAUGCCGACUGUGAUAAGAAGUCGGAUAACUCGCGAAGAAGCAAAUCAAAAAUUAAGGAAGAUAUAGAUUCAUCUGAAGAUCUAUUCGAGGACAAAUCAAAGAAGAAGUCAAUCAAGGUCAAAAAACCUCCAAAAUCAGAAUCAGUUCAGAAACAAUCUUUAACCAUUACUUUACCAUACUCAGAAUUGCGAAAAAGUGAAGAAACUCAGAGUGUGAAUAAAAGACUUUCCGAGGAGCUUCCCGAAAGGAAGAUCAAAAAGCAAAAACCUCUUCCGCUGGAAUCUCGCUACGAAAGCAAGUUCGAUAUCACCCUACCGAAGGUUCAGUUAACGGAAGAGAAACAGUACAAACCGCCAUUUGCGAAUACUAAUCGUGCAUGCUGCGUAUGCAGAGAGCAGGGAAUGGCCGAAGAGAUCCUGAUUUGCACUUCAUGUGGCUUGAAUGUCCAUGCAUCAUGCUAUGGAGAUACCAAUAUGGAACCGCUGACGGAAUUGAGCACUUACAAGUGGCUUUGCGAUGCUUGUUCAAACGACCUGCACCCUCUGUACUCCACUCAUUACAAAUGUGUUCUGUGUCCAGCAAAGGAGAAGGACAGUAGGGGAGGUAAAUCAGGAUUUCCUAGCUCAUACCCGGAUGCCCUGAAGAGAACGGUCAAUGGUAAUUGGUGCCAUAUAAUCUGUGCGGUAUUCGAUCCUUUUUGCGAAUUUGGGUCCAACUCUUUGCAACCAGUGUCUGGUACAGAGCUUUCUCUUUUGAAAAACUCAGGUAAAAGAUGCACCAUCUGUGGAUGUGGUGGCAGUCUUCAUGGCUGUAAAAUCUGCCAAAAGCCAAUGCACGUAACAUGUUGCUUAGAUACUAAGGGCUGCGUUGUUGGAUUUGAAUUGAUACCUGAUAGAACAUCCAAUGUUAAAGUGAAGGAUAUCAACAAAUCUCUGCGGCCAGUGCCCCGGAUUGUAUGCUGCGAUCAUUUGGUAACAGGUAUUGUUCCUUUACGCGCUCCUGCAAAGAGUAAAGGAAAGAAGGAGCAGCCACUCAUCAAACUAUAUUGCACAGAGCUUAAACAAAAUAAAUCUGGGGCAACAGGGGAAUACUGGCAUCAAGUUUACAAAGAAUCUCUUGAGUUGAUUGGAAGAGGCACUCCGCUUGUUGAGCUUCCUGUACCUGUUCCUCAUGAAUGCCAGCACUGCCAUAACACAAGAUCUCUGAGCUGGUACAAAGAGGAAGGCAGCCAGGGUGAAGUAUGUCACCAAUGCUUCGUUAGAAAGAAAAAUGACGAAAGCGUAAUAGAUGUGCUGCCCGACGUUUUAUCUCUAAACAAGGUUGCGCUGAAUGGUGCGAAGUUUGGAUUACUUGGCCUCGAUGACAAAUUGAAGGAUUCUCGAAUGUCAAUCAAAGAUAUGCUGUCUUGA